AUGGAGACCAAUUUGGACGGCUGUUUCGAGCGAGUCGAAAAGACCCUCGGCAGUAUGAUUGACAGUCUCGCAAAGAACAACCCAUCACAAAAGCUGGCCGAGGAACUACUCGCGGCCGAAGCAGAACUCUCCAAGUCGUUGAAAUUACUCGAGACACAUCAAAACAACAAUGCACGGCUGCAGCAGCUGAGGCAGGAGACUUCGCUUCAUGACACCCAGCUCAAGGACAUCAUGAGCUCUCUGUGGAACAUGCGCAGAGAGCUGAAGGCCGUACCCACAACCAGCAACCCCCCCCCCGGCCCCAAACACCAAUUCACCACAUCUGAACUCCUCGCCUACGCCCGCCGCAUCAGCCGUAACACCCUCCCACUACCAGGCGUCACCAACGGCGUCGACAUGACCCCGACCCAGUUCUCCGCCUCACUCACCGAACCCGAAGACUCUUUCCGGCUCCAAUUCCAGCCCACGCAAACCCAAACUCCCACCAACAGCUUCAACCUCAGCUUCAACGGCACCGUCAGCACCCCCAUCGGGCUCAGCGCGCCCACCCCCACAACCACCAACGACACGCAACCCAGCACACAACUCCCCCCCUCCCAGCAACCACCGCCCAAAACCGCCCCGGCCGACGACAAGCUCCCAGCACACCUCAAACCCGCCGUCAACCCCCUGCACGACGCAGCCUUCCACCCGUGGCCGACGGAGGGACAGAUCCGGACCGGCGCGCUGGCGGCGCUGCAGCGGCUGGUGGACGCGGGGAUCGAGCCGCGCGGGUAUGACCCGGCGGAGCAGGAGCGGCGGCGCGUGGCGGAGGAGAAGGCGCGGCGCGAGGCGGAGGAGCGGGCGCGCUUGGAACGGGAGGAGGCGGAGAGGAAGGGGCGGGAGGAGAGGGAGCGCAUGGCGAGGGAGCGGGAGGCGGCGAGGUUAAGGAAUGCGGGCGGGGCGGAUGGGGAUGGCGAGAGGAGGGAGAGCGUGGCGGUGGCGAGGCCGAAGCCGAAGCAGUUUACGUUUUUGGGGGCGGAUGAUGAUGAGGAUGAUGAGGAUGAGGACGAUUAG